GAACUCCUGCACCAACUAUGCCAGACGGAAUUCCCACAUCCAUCAGCCUGAACAAAAUCACCACACUAACAGAACCAGGCAAACACUCCACGUCAACCAAAACAUUGGGAACCCCUUCACCAAUGAAUUCAGUGGGAACCCCUGCACCAGCCGAGCUAGACGGACUCCCCACAUCAACAGACCCAGGCAAACCCUCCACACCAACCAAGCUAGAUGGAAUCCCCACAUACAUCUGCCUCAACGGAAUCCCCACAUCCAUCUGCAUGAACGGAACCCCCACACCAAUACAGCCCAAAAUCCCCAGACCAAUACAGCCCAAAAUCCCCAGACCAAUACAGCCCAAAAUCCCCUCACCAAUACAGCCAGGCAAACCCUCCACACAAAACAAUCCAGUGGGAACCCCUACACCAAUGGAUGAAACCUCUGACUCCUCUGAGCCCCAGGACCAAGAAAUGCAAAGGUCAAAAAGAAAAAUGUGGAGAGAUGGAGAUCUAAUUGAAGCUGAAGACAGUGCAACCACUCAAGCACAAAAGAGAAUAAAAACCACAGAAGAGUGGCUGAACAUGGAUACGGAUAGGCCCACGGUGUCAAGACAUGCAGAGGUAGACACUGAAGUAUUAGAUCAGCUAGAAAAACACAAAGAAGAGUGUCUGAACAUGGAUACGGAUAGGCCCACGGUGUCAAGACAUGCAGAGGUAGACACUGAAGUAUUAGAUCAACUAGAAAAGAGCAGCAUUGUACAAGCAACCAACAAGCAAACUUUGUGGGCUAUAAACUGCUUCAAGGACUGGCUGGCAGAGAAACAGAUGAUAGUGGAUUUUUCAACCAUUGAAAAAUCUGAAAUGAAUGUGCUCUUGCGAGAUUUUUACUGUUCUGUUCGAAGGGGUAAAGGUGGGGAGUAUUGUAUCCCGAGCUAUAUCGGAAUCCGGGCUGGCGUGAACAGAUUCAUUAACCUCCCUCCCCUUAGCAGAGCCUGGUGCUUGAUGAAGGACAGUGAGUUUACCUCCUCUAAUAAUGUAUUUAUUGGGGUACUAAAGAAAAUCAGACGAGAGGGCAGGGACAAAACUACCCAUCCCAAGGUGAUUAAAGCACAAGACCUUGAGAUUCUUCAAAACUCUACUGUGCUAAGCCCAUACACACCCAGAGGACUAGUGAACAAAGUGUGGUUUGAUAUCCAGUUACACUUUGGCCCCAGAGGAAAGGAGGGCAAUAGGCGGCUAACGCCACAGUCGUUUGUAAUAAAGCACGAUGAAAACGGAGCAAAAUAUGCAACGAUGACUUCCAACGAGGAAAGACAGAACCAUAAAGAUGCAGAAGAGCAGAACUGGCAGAAUCGCUGUGGAAUCAUGUUCCAGAACCCUGGUAGUCACCUCUGUCCAGUCGCCUCCUUGGAGAAGUAUCUGAGCAAGAUCCCAUCAGAUGCCACCGCCUUCUACCUCCAUCCUAAGAAGAUGGUCAUCACCAGUGACAGCAUAUGGUAUAGCCAGGAGCCAAUGGGGUUCAAUUACCUUUCAUCAAUGCUGCCCCGACUGUGCCAGGAGGCUGGUACAUUGGAAAAGUACACAAACAACUGCUUACGAUCUUUGCGCGAGAUCAUGUCUGUCAGCAGACUGAUAGUUCCUUGAAAAGUUAUUGAAAACCUUCAAUGGACAACAGAAAGAGAUGUCAAAUAGGCUCACUGUGAGUCAAGGCAGUGACACACUUCAGUUUUACUUCCUACCAGUGACAUUGUUUUGGUCUUCUACACAAAUGGAGAGCUUGACAAGAUAUACAGUCCUCACCAUAUCUAUUUGGACUAUGUAUUUUGACACUGAGGCUAAGAUUGACAUUUUUUGCUCUAUAUUCCAGCAUUUUGUAUUUAAGAUGAAUGAGGCGACAGUCCAGAAUUUAACCUUUUGAAUUUAGAUUAUGUUUUAGGUAUAGAUUUUGUUUUGCGCUGAGACUUUACUUUUCAGAAUUGUAAAGCCUUUUAAGCUUUCUUUUCACCAACAAGUUUUACUCUACUAGAAACUGUUUAACCAUAAUCAUCCAUUGAGGAAAUCUAAAGUUUAGGGGAAAAAUCGUAGCAAUCGCAGGAUAAUAGGGGGAAUAGAUUUUUGUAUGUAUGAAAUAGAUUUUUUUGGGGGUGACUGGAAGUAAUUUGAUGCUAUACUUCCAAGAUCUGUUUUUACACUGGUAGAAAAAAACAUGUCUACACCACUUUGUAGACCAUCUGUUGUGGUAAAUGGUCAUACUUACAGCUGUUUAACAAAUGUAAUUGUACCCUUCACAUAGAAGGGAUAUUUCCCUUAUUUACUAGAUCUAUUGUUUAAAGGUUAUGUACCAACUAUCUAAAAUUACCCGUAUCCCCUUAAAUUCAAGAUUUUAAACUAUGUAUGCCUCUCUCAGAAAGAUAUUGAACUUUCAAAACCAUUUUGCAAGCUAUAAUGAUAGUGCAGCAGAACCUGUUAAGGUAGUAACAAGAAGCGUGGAAAACCAGAUGAGCCAAACAUAUGUUGUGGGAAGGGACAAAAGGCCCAAGAGAAGUUGUAAACCAUAGGGAAACAGGAAUAAGACGCAUCGAGAGAACAUACGGGGUGAAACAACUGAAUCUGAGGGCUGAGAGCAUUUUGAUGUCGAAUAUGCGUAAUAACAAGUACAUGUAUCCUAAAGUCUGUAGGCAUAGUGAACUUGAUUACAUUAUAAUGUUGGCCUACAUGCAUAAUUGUAGGCCACUUUUCCUUCCCGGCACUAGGGCUGCUGAAUCAAGUGCACCUACCGCUAACAGCGCGAAACGCAUAAAAUAAAUAGGAACGCAAGGCUUUAUCAGAGUUUCUAAACCAAACUGUACAGUCUUGGGCUUUAUCGUUGUUGUUUUUUACAGAAAUGCUUGGAGAUCACGAUAGACCUGUUGGUAGCCACUGUUGUAGCCUUUUAUUUGCGAGGCACAUAGGAGCAUAAAUUGAAAUAACUUGCCCCGAUAUAGUAAGGUAGGGCAAAGGCCUGCAAACUACUAAACCUGAUAAUCGGCCAAAAGUACAAUGAUUAGAAGAAUCCGUAGUAAAACCCGGACUCAAGAGGAUAAACUGUCUAACAAAAUGAAUAAUUAGACAUUCGAAACCACCUGUAACCAUGAACAAAAUUGUUGGAAUGACCACACAAACUGAAAUUAUCAUUAAUGGGCUACAGGCAACCAUAAGUUGAAAACCACAAAUCAGAAUUUAUAUAUUCCAGUUGCUACUAGGAAGAGAAUAUAACCAUUACGCGUUGAACACAUCGACAGUAAUUGCAUUUUGGUACCCCAGAAUUACAUUCAUUUCCAAUGAAACGCUGCGUUUGCGUUGCAGUGCAGUUUUGUUUAUGAGAAUGAAUGAAAUACCUAGACUGAUGAGUCGGGUCUACUGAGCUCAAAGCAUGGAUGAAAACUUUUCUUUCAUCACUGAAGAAUCCUUUAAUAAAAUGGCAGUGCUAUUGCAAAGUAGGCUACAAUAAUGCAUGUAGGCUAACAUUAGAAUGUAAAAUAUGAAUGGCUAUGUCUGCGGACUUCAGGAUACAUGUUUUACUGAUUGCUAUACCAUACUGAUCCAUGCUUGCCGGCGAUGGAGUGUCAGGAACUGUAGAAACGGAAGAUCCAAGUUCAAGUGUAAUUAUCCAUCCGGCUAGCUUUAGGCUUUUGCACUCAACAUGGAAAUAUAAUUGUUGUGAUUUGAAGUUGUAUUGAAGAAUUUAUUCAUGUAACACACCGACAGUUAUAUUACGAUGAGCUAUAAUAUAACCACUAGGCCUAUGCUUUGCAUGCAGACUGUUAAAGAAUGUGACAAUGAGUAACUAUGAAUGUCGUCAGAUCGAUAUAAGCAUUAAUUAAUUACCUUAAGAUUUGGAUGUAUCUCUGUGCACUUCCUGCAAAAGAAAGUUUGACACUAGACAACAUUUUGUUUUACUUUUUAUUAUAUAAUUAAAACAAACAAUUGAAUAUUAAAACAUAUAAUCUACUUGCA